AUGGCUCUUACUGGCAAGAUUCCUUGUGAAUUUGGAAACCUCUCAUUUCUUGUUUCUCUUGACUUGGGAAGCAACAAUUUCCAUGGAAAUUUUCCUCAUGAAAUGGCACGCUUACGUCGGCUUAAGUUUCUUGAUUUAAGUUUCAACAACUUCGGAGGGGCGAUUCCUUGUUGUUUUGGGUUUUUACACCAACUUCAAGUUAUUAAUAUUAGAAAUAAUAGUUUCACUGGUUCCAUCCCUUCUACAUUUUCUAAUGUGUCCACACUUGAGAUUUUGAAUCUGAAUUUAAAUUCAAUUGAGGGACAAAUACAAAAAGUGAUUGGAAGUCUUAUAAACCUUGGAGAAUUAAGGUUGCGAGGUAACAAGCUCAUAGCUUCUAUUCCUCUGUCACUCUCAAAUGCCUCGAGGUUGGAGACUUUAGAUAUAUCUUUUAAUUCACUUCAAGGGAAUAUUCCAGAAGGGAUCGGCAAUCUUCACAACAUGAAGUUGUUGGGCAUACAAGCUAAUCAACUUACGGGGUCUAUACCAUUCACAAUUUUCAAUAUCUCAAGAAUCGAAGUCAUUGCAUUUACAUGCAAUAGCUUAUCGGAUAUCUUCCCAAUGGUUUAUGCAAUGCUUCAUGGUCAUAUGCCGACGAGCUUGUCAAAUUGCUCACAACUUCAACUACUAGGUUUAUCGGAAAAUGAGUUUGAUGGACCAAUACAUAGUGAAAUUGGAAGAUUUAGUAACUUGCAGCAAUUGUUUCUCGGAACUGACCAUUUCACAGCAAUUGGCAACUUGAGAAACCUUCAGCGCUUCGACUUGAGUAACAACAAACUUACAGGAUUUGUUGGUGAUCAUAUAUGUAAAUUGCAGCAUCUGGGUUCUUUACCUCCAGAAAUUGGAAAUCUAAUGGCUGUAACAAAGAUAAAGGGUAAAAGAGCUCCUCAACAAGCUGAUUCAUUGUCUGCAAUAGCAAGAGAAAGAAUUUCAUACUAUGAAUUGAUACAAGCAACUGAUGCGCUUAGCGAGAGUAAUCUGAUUGGUUCUGGAAGUUUUGGCUCUGUUUACAAAGGUGUUCUCAGAAGUGGAACUGCCAUUGUAGUUAAAGUGUUCAAUCUGCAACUAGAUGCAGCAUUCAAGAGCUUUGAUACGGAAUGUGAAGUUCUGCGCAGCCUUCGCAAUAGGAAUCUCGUAAAAGUCAUUACUAGCUGUUCCAACCUUGAUUUUAAGGCUUUAGUGCUCGAAUAUAUGCCUAAUGGGAGCCUUGAGAAGUAUUUGUAUUCGCACAACUACUUCUUAGACAUCAUGCAAAGGCUAAGCAUAAUGAUAGAUGUGGCAUGUGCAUUGGAAUAUCUGCACCAUGGUUGCUCGUCGCCUGUGAUUCACUAUGAUCUGAAGCCGAGUAAUGUCUUGCUGGAUGUGGAUAUGGUUGCCCACCUAAGCGACUUUGGUACCCCAAAACUGCUUGGUGACGAUGAAAGUGAAUUAUACACUAAAACCAUAGCAUCAUUGGGUUAUAUUGCGCCAGGUGCGUCUCUUGAUUUUGCUUUGAACAUUUCUUUUCCCUUUCUUUUUCCACCAAGUUAUCAUGUUACAUCUUUAAAUAAUUGUUUGAUUCUAGAGAGAAAGCCUAGUGAGUUUGCGGAAGAUCUUAGCUUGAAACAAUGGGUGAGUUAUUCACUUCCUGAUGCAGUAAUAGAUGUUGCUGAUGCCAACUUGGUUCCACCAACAGAUAAUCACGUCAUGAAGAAGUUGGAUUGUGUGGCAUCAAUCAUUAAAGUAGCACUAGAUUGCUGUGCUGAGUCUCCAGCAAGACAGACAAACAUGAAAGAUGUUGUAGGGAUGCUACAAAAGAUCAGAAUUCAACUUCUCGCAUGUUGA